AUGUCGCGCGUCUACGCUGAUGUCAAUGAGCACAUGCCCCGGUCCUAUUGGGACUAUGAUAGUGUGAACAUCUCAUGGGGAGUUCUUGAAAACUACGAAAUUGUUCGCAAGAUUGGUCGAGGAAAGUACUCUGAGGUCUUUGAAGGUAUCAAUGUGGUCAACUAUCAGAAAUGUGUUAUCAAGGUCUUGAAGCCAGUCAAGAAGAAGAAGAUUAAGCGAGAGAUCAAAAUUCUGCAAAACCUUGCUGGUGGCCCCAACGUUGUCGCUCUAUUGGACGUUGUUCGGGACAACCAAAGCAAGACUCCGAGUUUGGUGUUUGAGGCCGUCAAUAACACCGACUUCCGUACCCUGUACCCCCGCUUCACCGACUAUGAUGUCCGUUUCUACAUCUUCGAACUCCUCAAAGCGCUCGACUUUUGUCACAGCAAGGGAAUCAUGCACCGUGAUGUCAAGCCCCACAAUGUCAUGAUUGACCAUGAGAAAAGAAAGCUGCGACUCAUCGAUUGGGGUCUUGCCGAAUUCUAUCACAAGGGUACUGAGUACAACGUCCGCGUCGCAUCGCGGUACUUCAAGGGCCCCGAGUUGCUUGUCGACUUCCAGGAAUACGACUAUUCCCUCGACAUGUGGUCACUCGGUGCGAUGUUCGCUUCCAUGAUAUUCCGCAAGGAGCCGUUUUUCCACGGAAACAGCAACUCCGACCAGCUUGUCAAGAUUGCGAAAGUUCUCGGAACUGAGGAGCUAUUUGAAUACUUGGACAAGUAUGAUAUCGAGUUGGAUCCCCAAUAUGACGAUAUCUUGUCUCGAUUCCCUCGCAAGCCGUGGCACUCCUUUGUCACGGCUGAGAACCAGCGCUUCGUCAGCGACGAAGCCAUUAACUUCCUCGAUAAGCUGCUUCGCUACGAUCAUGCGGAACGCUUGACUGCUCAAGAGGCCAUGGCUCACGCCUACUUUGACCCUGUCCGCGCUGAUGCUCAGAAGAACGCUGCUGCCCAGUCUUGA